AGUACUUUGGUUCAUGCUUUUAUAACCAGCGGUCUUGACUAUUGUAGUGGUUUAUUGUUUUGCUUACCAAAGGCGCAGAUCGCUAAAUUAGAGUGUGUACAAAAUGCAGCGGCAAGACUUAUUCUUGGCAUCGGAAAGUUUUCUCACAUUACACCGGCGCUUUAUGAGCUGCACUGGCUGCCGUAUUGACUAUAAGAUUUUACUUUUGACUUUCAAAUGUAUUUCUGGCCUAGCGCCAACUUAUCUUAGCGAUCUUAUUAGUAUAAAAUCGAAUUCAUUAUAUAGUCUUAGGACUACUGGUAAGCUCUUAUUGGACCAUCCCAAGGGAAAGAUGGUUACAACAUUGGGAGCAAGAUCAUUUUCAGCAACAGCUCCAAAACUCUCCUCGACUUGCAUUUGAUUGGGGCAUGGUCAUCUAACACGUUGUUGUAUAAGCGUUCCCAUGCCCAGUAGAUAUCAUCUAUCUCAUCAAACACAUAAGCCACAUGGAAAGGAACGAUUUGUAAAUUUUGUUAAAUUCGAUUUAAUUAAAUUCUUUGAAAGAUCUUUCUUUAAUAAAACGGGCUUUCGGCUUCAUGAACUUCUUGUUGAGAAUUGUGUAAAUUAGCAUAUGAUCGCUCAAGCCAAUGUCAGCAGUUCCAGACUUUAAAACAAGUGAAGGUACAUUGGUCAAUAUAACGUCCCGGCAGGAUUCUUUUGUGGAGGAAGCCCUAGUUAGCUCAUUGAUUAGAUUAUGAAGAUCAUAAACAGCGCAAAUAUCCAACAGUUCUCUUCCUUGUUUGCCAUUAUCCACAUGGAAAUUACAUUUGGGCGAUUCAAGAUAACUAAAUCCAAGAGCACGCUCAUUUCCUUCGUAAAAAUUUCACUCUUUACCGAUGGUGGUUUAUAUACUGACGAAAGGGAGAAGUGCUGUUGACCCCGUUGAAUGUCAAUCAGCAUUGCUUCAACUUCUCCACAUUUGGUUUUUAUUUGAUAUGAAGGGAUGGAAUUACCAACAUAAACUUGAAUUCCUCCGCCACCUUUUUCGCGCUCUCGUCGACAUGUAUUAUAUAUAGCCUUGAAGAGAAAACUGUGGAAAUGUGCUGUCGAUUUUGGUUUCCUGGAUGCUUAAUAUGUCAAAUGAUCGAAUCCAUUCCUGGACCUCCAACCAUUUUGAGGGAAGACUUUUGAUAUUGAGGUUGCCAAUGACACAUCGCGCGCUGGAACGUGAUUUGAAAAUAUUAUCCGGGACAGGGCCAUAAUCAACUUCUACAGUGUUCAAAUGUAACCCGCAGUCAAGCGAGUAAAGUAACGUCGCCAGAGAAAGGCAGAUUAAAUAGAAGGCAAACAUUGCUAAUCCAACUCUGCGGUUGAAUACUUUUGAAUUGCUUCGGGCUUACUCCACCACACCUAAUAUGAAAGUGUUACGCUCGUUGCAGUUGAGCGCCCGGUGAUUUCGAGAGAUCAUCUUGGAACAGUGAUAGCAUCUGACGGGUCCAGGAUUCAAAUUGAUGUCUCCACUGAUAGACAGUCUUAUUUGGUGAAAACUAGACAUCGAAUUGGAGUGGUAACUCAACCUUAUAGCGAAAUAGCUUUUGCCACGUACAACAGUGAUAAGAUGGCGGACUUGAUCUCAAGGGCAGAAGUCUAUAGAAGAUGGCCCAACCUUCAGUAUAUCGCAUACGUUGACGUUGUUUCCUUUCGAUAGGAAGCACUGGUCCUCGAAAUGACCCCGUCUGUCAGAAAUUAUCGAAGAGAAUGCCAAAUACAGAAAUAAAAAUGGCAAAACUAGAGCACUAUCGAAGGUACGUCCGGACGACAUCGUAUCGAGAAUGCAACGGAUUUUACCUUUUCCUCUAGUAACCUCAGGUCGUACCAUAGCAACCCUUGUUCACCAGUUUUAAAAAUGUAUCCAGUGAUUAUAGUUGCUCGUUCUGAGUAUAACGAGUCCGCUGUUUAAGAGAAAAGCGUCUGCCAUAAAUAUAACCGUAAAUCAAGGGCUAAUUAUAGUAACUUCCAACCAAAACAAAAACAUAGCCUGAUCUCACGUGAACACUGAAAUAGUAUUAAGACCGAUUGGUGGUGAACCCGCUCCUAAUUUUGAAAAUAGAAGAGAUCUAAUUUUUGUUUCAUUCAUUAUUUUCUUUGCGCUGAUUUUUCUCCUUAGUUAUGUUUGUUUUAGUUAUGUUUCUAGUACAUGAAAUUUUAAAUUCCAGUUCUCUAAGGAUUUUACCCGUGGAACUAAAAUAUAUGGAAGGUAGAGAGAACGGGAUUGCCACCGUAAGUUAAAAAUCAAGGGAAAAGAAACAAAUUGUUCAAGGUCAGGAAAAAGUCGGAGAAUUUAUUGAAAAAGUCAGGGAAAAUCCUAGAUAUUGUCAAAGUCAGUGAAAAGUCACGGAGUUAGAUUUUCUUCGUGCAAAAAAAUUCCACAAAAAGCAUAAACAAAUGGAAAAUGGGAAAUGAAUAUUGAUGGCUGCAGGAAAGCAGAAGCAAAUCAAAACGUGGAUUGUUUUUUAUUGUUAGUGAUAUAAUGCCAGGUCAGUGAAAAGUCAGGGAAUUUUUUUUUAAUAUACUGCUGGUAGGCCUAUAAAUGGCAAACACAAUGUGUUUCCUCUGACUUUCGACCUUGGCUCCUAAAGAUUUACAACACUACAUUCUCAUAUAACCUUUUUUCUGUUUCUGCACAGGAGACCCUAAACAGCCAACAACAGCUAAUGAAGAAAGACUUCAAGUCCACCAAAAAGAAGACUUUCCUAGAAGGAUACAGGAGAAAAGCGUUCCAAGAAAUCGUAAGUUGAACUUUAGGAUGAAAUCAAAAGCGCCGUUACUAUUAGUGUGCUUUAUUAUGCUUAAUGUGAUUAUUAUGAUGUAGUACCUACAUACGAAGUCUUUCAACGACUAAAGGAAUUUUUCCUGUGAAAAAAAAUUAACAGCAGUUAGGGAAUUGGAAAAGAAUCGUAAUCGGCAUAUUCUCACCACCUACAAUAUGCUUGAAUAUAAAAUGAGAUAUGGCUGACGGAGAAUAGUUAACGGGAACUUUAGAGGGGGCAUUUUGAAACUUUCUUCAAAUUUCGUUUAAAUUUUCUUGGACGAACAUUCAUAGGGUGUAGGACAGGCGGAGGAGGUUCAGUCAUGACGCGUGUACGUCGGAGCUAAAGAAACGACACUACGUGCUGGGAGAUGUUAUUAUACAAAUGCACAAAAUACGAAUAAGGGUGGUAAUAUAUAGAACGCGAAGAAUUGAGGAAUAUCUAAUGUUGCUUUGAGGUAGCGAGCACAAGGCGCAGAGGAGUUAUUUGUGGCCUUGAUUCCCGCUAAAUGUGACAUUUGAUUGUGCGAUUCGCCUUUGUUUACUGUAGAAUCGAAGAUGAACUUAACUGAUCAAACCGUCAUGCGAUUGUCACAAACUUGCUGAAAAGCGCUGAAGGCAAUCGUUAUCACCGUUUCACCGAACAUAAUGUCUUACUGACAUUCUAGACUUAAGAUAUAAACGUGAUUUUUACAGUGGCGCUUCUCGUGGACACUUCAUGCUAGACCUACUAGAUUUGUCAAGUAUUUAUUUGAUUUCUUACUGCUCUGUCAUUACAAGGAAUUGCAGACAUUAUGGAUGGAAACGCUAUUUAGCAUUUAGGUUUGGUUAGAAACCAAAUGCUCUAUUACUUGUAGCCUUGCACUUAGCCUUCGCCGCAUUGGCUCUUACCAUGACCAUUACAGACUGCCUAUAAAUAAACUUGUAGAUUACCUUGCUAAUCGCGCUUAGGACAAUAUCAGAAGACUGUUACAGUAGUCGAAGAAAGCUUGAAUAGUACUUGAGAACGGUAAAAUAUAAUUGUUCCACAUUGUUCCCCUUCCUCUAUUAAGCCUUGCACAUAAUUUUUUGUUGAGGUUUCGAUUUAACAGCUACUUAUAUGCUUUUCUUCUUCGCUCUUUCUUGCAGAAGACCAAGAUCUUAAAAAAACAAAGAAAUCAUUUCACGUUCCUCGAGAGAAAGUAAUGCCAGAUGACAUUGCCGUGCUGUUAACAGAAAAUCUAGAGAAACGCAAAUUUGAAUCCGAUGAGAAAAUUUGGCCUGUCAUUUGGGAUUUUGCCGGACAGGAUAUUUAUCGUGCUAUACAUCCAGUCUUUUUGUCCCCUGAAGACAUAUAUCUUCUCGUGUUUGAUCUUACAAAGAAACUUAGUGAAAAAGCAGUAUGUCGAGUGAAUGUGGGUCACAAAGAGCACAUUGUAGCAGCCCGCGAUGACGAGGACACCAAUUUGGAUCACUUAUUAAGGUGGAUGGAUUUGAUUCACUCUUUUAAAAAGGGUGAUCAAAACGAAAAGGAGACUGCUUCGUUUCCCCCAGUCAUACUUGUCGGUACCCAUGCUGACUGUGUAGACGAUCCAAGUGAGCAAAUGGAGUUAAUAAAACAGAGAUGUUCACGCGUGUUUUGUAAAGACAGGUAUUUGCCACACAUCAUAGAUCGUUUAUCUAUCGAUAACACGAAAGCUGGCAAAUCAGUCGACCAGCAUGAAAUCGAGAAGUUACGAGGAAAGAUUCUCGAGGUUGCCGAUAAACUGCCACAUACCAAGAAGCCAAUCCCUUUGCCGUGGCAUCGAGUUGAAAAAGAAAUCAGACAACCAAAAUGGCAGAGAAGAAAAUUCCUUUCGAAAGAAUCUUUUCGUGAAGAAAUUGUUUCACCCUUUUGCUCUUUUGAAAAAGAGGAUGACUUUGAUGAACUUGUGCAUUUUUUGCAUAGCCGUGGGACAAUAGUGUACCAUGAACAUGAAAAUGAUGAAGAGAAUGUUGGUCUGGUCAUUUUGGAUCCGCAGUGGUUAAUCAAAAUAUUUGGCAAGAUUAUUAAUGUGAAUCCCCAAGAGAACGAACCAUGGUGUAUAGAAACAGAUCGUGAGGAACUGGCUGAAAAAGGAAUUCUUUCUGGGCGGUUGAUUAAUUAUAUCUGCAAAGAUGAAAGUCUCAUUUCCAUUAAAGACUGUUUGAUUUCUUUAAUGGAUAAGUUUAACCUCAUCUGCAAGUUGCCUGUAAAGACAGGAGAAUCACACAUCCUCGUCCCAUGUAUGCUGCGAGCUACCCACUUUAAAGACAAGGAAAUUGAAACUGGAUCGCCUGUACCCAUAUUCCUCACUUUUCAUACUGAGUAUGUUCCAAGUGGGCUAUUUUCCCGACUGAUUGUGCUGUUUGUAAAAGACCCGCAGUUUACAAAUAUGUACAAGCUGGAUGCAAAUGAAGCUAGAUUUGCCCUUGACAAUAGUAACAACCAUUUCCUUCAAUUGGUAUGCUACAAGACCGUCAUCAAGCUGCACAUUUUUGGAAAAGCUGACGAUAGCCCUCCACAGGAGUGUUAUGAAUGUGUUUUAAGGUAA